AUGGUACUUUUUGAUAUUUUUACGAUAUUGAACAUAGUUAGGGUAGCGAAGCACCCAGGGUAUGCUAGUAAUACUAUAAAAUGCAUAAGAUCAUCUUUCAAGAAUCUCAUAGCUACAUAUAUAUGCGAAAAUAAAGAUAAAUCAAAAAUAAUUGCGCAAAAAUUUUUAAAUACAAUUAAAGACAAACCAAUUUGUAACUACGUGUUAAUUAAAGAUGAAACAUCUGAAACUGGCGAGAUAUCGCAUCAAACUAAAAUGCAGAUAAUAGACUCAACAACAACAUGGCAAGAUUUACAACAACAUUACUGAAAUCAUUGCGAUAAGAUAAUAAAGAAAAUGAGUGAAUUUCAGGAGAGAGACAGUGGUUGGACCUUAUUGGAUAUUGCGUAUUUAAAAAUAAAUAUAAAUAAAUACGAAUGUUUAAAAGGUUCAAAUUAUAUUGAAUUGCCCGAAUGGAUAAUGCGAAAGAAAGCUUGCAUUAAUAUAAAUAAUAAUGAUGAAUACUGCUUCAAAUGGGCCAUAAUAUCGGCAUUAUUUAAAGUAAAAACCCAUGUUAAUUUGUGGAAAUCUUAUGAUAUUAAUGAUAGAAUUAAAGAUGAAAUGAUAACGCUUAAAAACGGAAGAGUUUUAAAUUUUAAAAGUUUAAAAUUUCCCUUAGCCGUUAAUAUGAUAAAGAUAUUUGAAAAAAAUAACCCCGACAUCAGAGUGAAUGUUUUCGGUUUGGAAGGGUACAGUAUAGUGGGUCCGCUCUACUUCACGCAGCAGGAAAAGAGUAAUCACAUUAAUUUGUUAUUAUUAGAGGAAGACGAACGGAUUCAUUAUGUGUGGAUAAAAAAUAUAUCAAGAUUGCUGAGAAGUCAGCUAACAAAACGUAAAUGUGCAAUACAUAUAUGUAAUACAUGUCUCAUCCAUUUUCAUAAUGUAUCGGCCUUGGAAAAACACAAAGGGCAAUGCAACAAAAUUGUUACUAUAAUGCCGAAAUCAGGUGAUAACAUUCUCAAUUUCAGAAAUUGGAUGUACCGUUUGUCGUUUAUGCUGACUUUGAAUGCAUUUUAGAAUCAACAAAUUUCAAGAAUUCUACUAAAGUUGAAACGGUACAAAAGCAUAUACCAUAUGCAUAUAGUUACUAUAUUAAGUGUUCAUUUGACUCUAGUCUAGACAAGUUUAGAAUAUAUAGUGGUGAAGAUUGUUCAAAACAUUUUCUUAAAAGUUUAGUAACUGAUACUACAGAUAUUUAUAAUAAUCAUUUAAGUGUAAAGAAACCAAUGAAUUCUUUAACGCCAUCUCAAGAAAGGAAACAAUAUGAAGAUACAACAUGUCAUAUUUGCGAGGAAUUAUUAGAUGAUGAUAGAGUGGCAGAUCAUUGUCAUUUAACGGGUGAAUACCGGGGCCCUGCUCACAGUAAAUGUAACUUAGAAUAUCAAAUAACAAAAAAUUCAUUCCUAUAUUUUUCCACAAUCUUUCGGCAUAUGAUUGUCAUUUGUUUAUUACAGAACUUUCAUCUAUUAAAGGUGAUAUAAAUAUUAUACCUUUAAAUAAGGAAUUACUUAUAUAUAUCAAUAUCAAAAAGAAUUUCCGUGAAUGAAGAAAACACAAUUGAAUUACGUUUUCUCGACUCAUUUCGUUUCAUGGCAUCAAGUUUAUGCAAUGUCUCAAUAUCUUCCUUGUAAAAAUUUUAAAUGGGUUAAAAACAUAGAAAAUUUUAACUUAAAUGACAUUAAAGACGAUUCUCCAAUAGGUUAUAUAUUAGAAGUAGAUUUAGACUAUCCCAGUUCAUUACAUGACUAUCAUAAUGACUUGCCAUUUUGUGCAGAGACUAAAAAAAUUGCAACAAUGAAACAGAAAAAAGUUAAUCACAGAUUUAAAUAAUAAAAGAAAUUACGUAAUUCACUACAAAAAUCUCCAACAAUGUAUUGAAAAUGGUUUAAUUUUAAAGAAAAUCCAUAGAAUUCUCAAAUUUAAUCAAUCAGAUUGGCUAAAAAAGUACAUCGAUUUAAACAAUCAGCAUAGAACAUUAGCAAAAAAUUCCUUUGAACAAAAUUUCUUCAAGCUACUAAAUAAUAAUGCUGUAUAUGGUAAGACCAUGGAAAAUGUUGACAAGAGAAAAGACAUAAAAAUAGUCAGUGAAUGGAAGAGCAAAGGUAAACGAUUAGGGGCUAGAGCUCUUAUAGCUAAACCAAACUUCCAUAGUAAGCUUGAAAUUAAUGAAAAUAUGGUUGUAAUCGAAAUGAGAAGAGCAAAAUCCGUAUAAAAUAAACCGAUAUAUAUUGGAUUUUCAGUUUUAGAGUUAUCAAAAUGGAAAAUGUAUAAUUUUCAUUACGAUUACAUGAAACCUAAAUAUCUUGAUAACAUUAAACUAAAUUACAUGGAUACAUUUUCAUUUAUAUAUGAUAUCAGAACAAAUGAUUUGUAUAAUGAUAUUCGCAACGAUAUUUCGACACAUUUCGAUACAUCUGCAUAUCCGAAAGAUAAUAUAUAUAAUAUACCGCUUGUAAAUAAAAAAGUAUUAGGUAUGAUGAAAGAUGAGUGCAAUGGCAAAGUUAUUAAGGAAUUCAUUGGUUUAAGAGCAAAAAUGUAUUCAGUUAAAAUUGAUAACUUUGAAAAAGAAAUUAAAAAAAUUAAAGGUGUUAAACAGUAUGUAACAGCUAAACUAUCAAUUAAUAAUUUCAGAGAAUAUUUACAAGAGAAAAAACUAUAUUAUGACUCCAUGUAUAUAUUUCGAUCUAAGUUACACGAAAUCUAUACUCAACAAAUAUGUAAGUUAACUUUAAGUUAUUUAGAUGAUAAGAGAAAAUGGUAUUAAUACAUAUGCAUGGGGUCAUUAUGGAAAUAAUUCAUCAGAUUCUGAAAUGAAACCAUUAAAUU